AUGCAGGACAAUAAGGACAAAGUCAAUCGGGACGAUACCAUGUCGGACAGAUCCUACACCGGAUCGGAUGCUAGUUUCUACUAUGAACUCAAAGCGGAAUGUCAAGAGCGGAAGAUGGAGCUCCAGGAAAUAGGAGAACAUAACAAGCAAGCAAAGGACAACCAAACUUUUGAUCGAGACAGGGAAAGAGAGGUUCAAGAGAUGUAUGACCCAGUUAAGAAGCAGAGCAAAACACCACUUGAACCCAUCACAGGUCACUUCUGUCUAUAUUCUGUGGAGCACAUCGACUAUUGCUACAGUUCAGACAUGUAUUCAUCAAAGUAUGUCGAGUUCUAUUAUUUGGAUGAGGAUGACCAUUCGGGCCAGCUCUUGUCACCACAGUAA